AUGUACGACGCUUAUGAACUUAACGGACAACGGAUUGCAAUCAUCAUACCUUUUCGUGACAGGCAGAAGCAUUUGGACAUUUUAGUUUAUAAUCUAGUUCCGGUAUUGAAACGACAAAAAGUGGCCUACCGAGUAUUUGUAGUAGAACAGUUUGGCAACAGCACCUUCAACAAAGGUCGGCUUAUGAACAUCGGGUUUACGGAAGCGCGGAAGUACGAUGAGUUUGACUGCUUCAUCUUCCACGACGUCGAUCUGAUACCGGAAGACGACAGGAAUAUGGCCACGUGCUCGGAGAAGCCUCGUCAUAUGUCCCCGGCCGUGGAUGUUUUGAGUUACACACUGCCAUACAAGGCGCUGGUGGGUGGGGUACUCAGCAUCAAUGCAGAACAUUUUUUCAAGAUCAACUGAUAUUCGAACCUUUAAUGGGGAUGGGGAGCUGAGGAUGACGAUAUGUUUUACAGGUAA